AAAAGGAAAGAGUAAAAAAAAAUAUUGUCAGUCAAAUUUUCUGUCAUCUUCGUUGCUUUUGCAUACAUUUUUUCACAAUAUUUUCCGUGUUUCUGGAAAAAAGAAGAGAUUUCCUUGGUUGAUUAUUAGCAAUGCUCUUGUGUGUUCUUAAAAGUAGCACUGCUGCUUGUGAUUAGCUUGUACAAUUUUGGUUUUUGUUGUUAUUUUGUGCACCAAUGGUGAUAACAUUUCUGCUGAUAUUGCAAUGUCGUUUUAUCUUUCUGAGAGUGUUUAGUGACACCUUAAAAACUAUUUUGAUUUGAGCAAAUACAUUACACUGCGAGAUUUAAGAUUGUAGAUACAGUAUGACCCUAAUAGAGGGGAUCGGGGAUGAAGUGAUCCAGUUCGUGGGCGUGUUGCUGGUGGCAACGGUGGCCACGCUGGCCUGGUUGUCCACCAACGCUCGGCCCGGCCGGUACCGAACUGUGGUCGUAAUGCGACCCAGGCCACAUCAUCCUGUCACAGUUAGCUUCCGAACCAGGGCUAGCUUCAUGAUCGCUAACACUCCGGUUAGCAUUUCUCAACAAGCCUCGACAGCAGAAACUAUUGUGACCCCGGGGGCGAUCGAGGACUCUAGAGACGCUUCUCGGGUGAUACCUCUGCAAGAGAUGGACAGCAUCAUUGAUGCAGACAUGGCCAUGAUGAACAAUAACCGCUUGCACUUCUAUAGGAGACUGGAUGCUGCUCUCGUGAACUCGGGGAAUGUGCCAGCUAUAGCCGACUCGGCCAGCGAAGACAGCGAGACCCAAGAGGAGAGCGAGCCAGCCAGCAACGAUCAGAUCCGCGAGAUGGACAGCAUUGUCAACGCCAUGGAAGCUGACGUCACUGCUCGUUGCGACUUCUUCACCCGCCCGAACGCCUACAGCGAGACCCAAGAGGAGAGCGAGUCAGCCAGCAACGAUCAGAUCCGCGAGAUGGACAGCAUCGUCAACGCCAUGGAGGCUGACGUCACCGCUCGGUGUGACUUCUUCACCCGCCCGAACGGUAGGAUAAUACUGACACUUGUCUAG